AUCAACAAGACUAGCAUAUUGUUUGCGCAGUUCCCAGAGACACCAUGCGUGCGCUAGUGUUCUUUUUUUUGACGAUAUUACCGAUUUACUCGGUUCAAGGUCUCUUCGGGGAGAACAUUCGUUGGUCUCAUCGUUUCAACGUAGAUGACGUGUUUGGAAUAUGGUACGGUGUUGGCUACGCACAACACAUGCCAGACAUGACUGAUAAACCUAAUGAAAUAGGUUGCGUAACUCUCUAUAUUACCGAUGCUACAUACCAGGUUCGCGAUGAUUGGGUCAACUGGGACGUUCCACCAAUAAACUAUACCGAUAAUAAUUGGAGAUCUGAUAAAAGUAACCCUUGGUCAGGCGAUGCCUUGGCGGGCUCCUGGCUGGAUAUAGCCUUAAAGAGACAGACAAAAAGGAGCGUUAAUAUUCAACGACGAGUGAGAGUGAUGUGGGAUGAAGAUGGACAAACUAUGGAACAGAUAUACAUUUACUCUCCAGAAGAUCCUGGCAUAUGGAUUGCUGAAAAACUAAGACCGUUUGAAAGGGAAAUGCGAGACAGAGGAAUAGAUAUAUGGUAUGCAGACAAUCCACCACGACAUCCUGAGGUAAUCCGGGUGCUGAACGCCACUGUACAUACGCUGUUAAUCAACCAUUGUUCAGAAAUCGGCAAUGGCGGCAUUUUCACUUUGAUCCUAAGACGUUCGAUAUCCAAAUUACAAAGAUGGGAUUGGUUUAAAUACGAGCAAGAGUUCUAUAAGUACGAUUUACCUAGGAUGUAUCGACAUGCCGCCGUUUGUGCUGGAUGUAUGAAUUAUAGUUCGAUUGUUUUUAUGUCUUUUGUUGUAGUUUUGGAGUAA